UGAGAGAUGGGUGAGCAGUCUGUCGAUGGGGGUGGAGGGUGCAGGCUGUAGAGUUGAGAGAUGGGUGAGCAGUCUGUCGAUGGGGGUGGAGGGUGCAGGCUGUAGAUGGGGGUGGAGGGUGCAGGCUGUAGGCUGCUGGCCACGUUCCAUCUGGGUUCUCGCCUGGGCUGCUGGCGAGGAGACCAUUAGCAUGACAAACGAGCACGAGGGAAUGGGGUGGCCGCGCUGGGACCUGCUGGGGAUGAGAAUGUGAGGGUGGAGGAGGCUACGACGGGGUUUAGCAGCAGGCACUGGGUAGGGCUGGGGCAGUGGGGUGGGGGGAGCAGAGGGGGCAGGUCGGGGUACAGGGGUGGGGGACACAAAGCUUCGAGUUUGAGGAGUGCGGGCGAAAUCUGCCAGCCGCCGUUGUUGUUAUCGACGGCGCUGCGAGGAGGACAAACGUCGCGUCUUCGGCAAUAUAAUUGCUUGCCAGCAGUGGAUUUCCCUGCAAGUGUGACGGCUGCUCAGAAGAGACCUUCCAAGUGGCAGGAUGAAAGAGCCCAGACUCGGCAGCUUGAAGGAGAACUGGGAUUUGUGAUGGAGAUCGUGGUCUGAUGUGAUGUGGCUCCGUCUGACAGUGCCGACUCCCACACAAGUGAGGCUCGUGUACUGACGACAACAAUGAAACUUCGAGGAUAUGCAAAGCUCAUUUGGAUUUGCAAGAAAACCCACGGAUUACCUCAAUUAACAGGACGGAGCAGCUCGAUCAACACUCGGAGAGCUCGCGUUGUCAGAUCGGCAAAAGCAAACGCCGAGGAGCGAAACUAAUCGCCGCGCCUCUUCGAUAGACGGAUCCGCACGACUGCGUCAACCUCGUGACAAUCACCGCCAAGACUCUUCCCCCCACCACCCACCCAUCGUUCACCUGCCGUGCCGCACACUCGCGGUUUAACUUGGUGGGGGGGGGGGGGGAGGAGGAAGGCGCUCUCCCAGGACGACUUUUGCGGGACUGACCCGGACGGACGUGCGUGCGAUCGAGGAUUCAGCGGGUCGCCCCAUGAGCGGGCGCGAUGGCGCGGACCUGCUCGCCGAGAAGCUGCUCGUCGCGGCGCACAGGGGCCGCGUGGGCGACGUCGUGGAGCUCAUCAAUCGAGGCGCCCCCAGCGCCAUCAACAAGCACGGUCGUUCCCCGCUGCACCUGGCUGCGAGCCGUGGCCAUGCGGAGGUGGUGCGUUUGUUGGCGAGCGCCGGCUGCAACCUGGACCUACAGGACGAUGGUGGUCAGACGGCGGUGCAUCGAGCCGUCGAGGCGGGCAGCACGGCCGUGCUCUCGGUGCUUCUGGAUGAGGGCUGCUCGCUCGAUCGGCAGGACACGUCUGGGAGCACUGCUCUGCACGAGGCUGCGUGGAAGGGCUACAGCCAGUCCGUGAAGCUGCUGGUGAAGGCAGGUGCCAACGUCCACGUCAAGAACCACGCAGGGAGCACCCCGCUACACCUCGCCUGCCAGAACGGACACUCGCAGAGCUGCCGGGGGUUGCUACUCGGCGGAUCGCGUCCUGACGCCAAGAACCACACGGGCGAUACGUGCACGCACAUCGCGGCCCGCUACAACCACGUGACCGUCGUGCGCAUCCUCAUCAGCGCUUUCUGCUCCGUCGACGAAAAGAACGAGCUUGGCGACACGGCGCUGCACGUGACCGCGCAGCUCAACCACAGGAAAGUGACGCGAUUGCUCCUGGCGGCUGGGGCCAAUCCAACGCUCAAGAACAGCGCUGGGCUGACGCCGCUGGACGUGGCCAGGGAGCACGACAAUGCCGAUGUGGCUCUGCUGCUCAGCCGGGCACCGCAUGCUGCGAGCGUCGUGCCCAGGAGGCGAAGCGGAAAGGAGAGGGAGCCGCCCGCGCAGCAGAGGCGCUCACGAUCCGUCCCUCGCAACCACAAGGUGUUUAAGAAUCGCUCGUCCACAAACGGCAGCUGCGUCAGCAGCAGCAGCAGCCAGCGAGCGGGCGGGUCUGGGGAGAGGACGGGGAGGCGGGGGAAGCAGCUCGCUCCGCUCAGUCUCUCCGCCACGUCCCCGACAGUCGCCACAGCCGCCGGCACCACGGCAGCCGUCGCCCUGCCUCUGACACAGAGAGGGACUCACAAGAGGGGCAUCACGUUUUCCGACCCGGCCCACUUAACGAGCCAUUCGGCAUCCGGCCGCCGUGACGACAAGAGGAGGUGGAAACCGCGGCAGGGAUCGGCGGCGGCCCCCGCCCCUCCCCGGCCCGCGUCUCCACCCCCGCCGACUCAGCGCGCCUACCAGCUCUACACCCUGUACCGCGACCGCGAGGGAAAGCUCAAGCAGGCCGCCCUCAACGGAUGUCGCUGCGACCCGCUGAUUCAGCGAGUCGACGGGAAGAUGGAGGCGACGCGGGAGGAGCUCAUGGCGGAGAUCGACUGCGUCAAGGACAGGGUCAACGCUCGCCUCGGGGAGGUGGAGAGCCGGACCAAGCACCAGCUGCUGCGGCUCAACAAGCUGACAAAGGAGCGCGUCGCGGCCGAGGGCACCCAGUGCCUGCACCGAAUCGACCAGCGAGCGGUGGCCGAACGCAGGGACGUACUCGCCCAACAGGAGGCUGUGAGCCAGGAGAUCAGGACGGAUCUGCAAGCCUGGUGCCUCGAGAAGAUUCAAGCCAUGGAGAGCCGCCUCCAAGAUGGCUCCCCUCGCCCUGAACCCAGAGAGAAGCCAGCCGCCGGACAGUCGUAUGACACCUCGGCUGGCCAGGCACCCAACGGCAGUGCUUCCGCCAGGCAGGAAGAGGCGGCCGGUACAAGCACGAUAGACGCGUUCGCGCCGUCGCCUUCGCAUUCCCGGUCGACGUCCUUCUCUGCUUCCGCCGAUCGGCAGGAGUCCCAGCAGGGCGGCGAUGGCGGCGGCGCCGGCGCAGGCGGCAGCCGUGGCUUCUACCUUAGCCUGCAGCACAGCCCCACAGCGCCGCCCUCGCUGCGACACGGCGCGUCGCCCACGGCGGAGCUGGCGGCCCCCGUCGUGGCGGUCGAACCCGCGUACGCGUUUGAGCACGGGGCGCAGGGCCCGGGCCUCCUGGAGCCGGGCGGUGGUGCGGCACGCCGCUCGCCGGAGCUGGCGGCGCUGGGCCUGGGGGACGCGCCUGGCGCAAGGGACGCCCUGCAGGUGACCCGGUGCUUCCUGGACGCAGUCUCGUCCCACCUGGAGGGUUGGUACCUACGUCGAGUGGAGGAGGAGCGGGCGGAGGUGGCGCGAAGGGCGAUGCAGGACCGUGCUGAGAUGCAGGCGCAGAUCCGGACGCUGGAGGAGCAGCUGCGUGCGAUGAGGACGCAAGCGGGGGCGCGUGGGGAGGAAGAGACACGGCCCGGGCGAUGACACCGUGACUCGCCACGCAUUUAGUUGUUUUGCCAUGGCAGGGUUUCUCGAGCUCCAAUCCUCGUGAACCACCGCAGACUACCUUUCCGUGUUUAUGUCGUUACACGCUGCGUGCGCUCGACUAUGAAACAUAGUGCCAUACAUAGCCAGCGAGAGAAAAUAUCCUUGUGGGGAGGCUGCAAAUAAACGUUGAGGGUCCUGAGAUCAUUAUUAGCAGCCAAGGUUAAUCCACUGCUGGAUGGUGGCCUCCCAAAGCUACCGUCACCUCUCGUGAUUCUGCAAUGUAAUAUUCACAAGUAGACUUUUAAAAUUAAUUAAAUAUUUUUGAACCAAUCAAAUUAGUUUUGUUAUAAAUGUAUGGAAAUUAGAGUGUAAUGUUACCACUAACAGAGCAUGUGGUAUACGUCAUUGCCAAGGACAUGGAUUCACACAUUGUGUCCGUAUACCACAAGAUCUGCUAGUCGUGAGUUUCUUACUCUCUUGCCGAGUCCGGCUACUCAAGAUUUCACUGCGUAGUCUGUGUGUGAAUGCACGAUGGUUUGAGAGGGCUCAGCUCUCUUAGCCCUGGCCAACGACCGCAUAUAGUGCCAUGUGACAAAGACGGCGUUCCAUACAUCACGUGGGAUGUGUUUAGCAACCACCAGGCAUUUGCAGCAUGUAACGACUUAAUCUGCAAUUCAACUGAGAAAAUCGGUAAACGUGGAAAGAUGUAGGAGAGGAAUGGUGUUUAGGAAACCGUGCACUAUGAGAUGUAUUAAAAAAAACUGUUUAACACGCAACGCGUUCUAAUUUAAAAUAGAGCAUUUAUUUUCACAUUAUAUUUUGGUAAGCGUGUAUGCCUGCAUGUGUCAUUUCAACAAGUGGUAUUGAUAAUGGACUGUACGAAGAAUGUUGUCACGUGUUGAGGUCAUAGACUAAAAGUUUGCAUAUUUAUUUACACGUCUUGCUUGUCCUGCAAUGAGGGGUUAGAAAUAAUCCGAGUCUCUUGUCCGCAUCAUUUCAAGGAAAGGACUUUGGCUGCAAGUGCCCUGCUAUAGGACAGCGUUUCUUUUGGUGCACUAGUAUGCCACCUGUUCUGAGUAAAACAACCAGGUCACUUUGGCUAAAUCUAUUCAAUCUCAAUCUGAGAAAGAAAAAAAAAGCCGCAAGAAUGUUCUGGUUGUUACGGUUGGAACACCUAAAUGCAUCAACACCCAGGAGCUGAUUAGAUCUUUUCGGGGACACUCCAAGUGAAGUCUUAUGUAAGUUCCAUACGAGCGCUAAAAAUGCACGCCGACUUCCAGCAACACAGAACGUUCUGUAAGUGACUGUGUCGUGAAGUCGGUGCAAUCACGCAUUAUAGCAGCGGACUUCUCUGUCAUUUGGUGUUCCCGUGAGCAGCUGCCAGGGCAAUUAAAUUCUCGCAACGCAGAGGGUAAAUCUCCCAUGUGCGUUUGACGAGUUUCAUUCCCUGAAGCCAGGCAACAAGUCUGCAGAACAGAACUUUAAUGUCCCAAGAGAUGGGUGGUGCUUGCAUGAGAUAACGAGGGGUUAUCUCCAAGCUAAUUGUAGAAACUGACCUCUCUCACAGUGGUAUGGAAUACCAGACUAUGUUAGUGUCAUUCUGCAGCGCAAUUUGGCUUCUGUGAAGCCCUCCCUUUUGAAAAUUAUCUUAAAAGUAUUACGCCCGUUGCGGCCUCAAACUUUAAAUGUAGUCACCACGCCUCCUGUCUGCAGUACCUGGUGAUUGAUUUGGUGCAGUUGCAUUCCUGAUACUCAGCCGAGCUAAGGAAUGCCCAUGCUUCAAAAGAGGCAAUUUUAAAUGCGCGUAUGUUACGGUCGUCACGCAUCACAAGUUAUAAAAUGGAAAAGCUGUGCCUCGUUUUUCUGUUUCUUUCUCAAAAGGCAUCCAACAGCAACCAUCGUUACUGUACUAUUGGCUGCACAUUGUUGUAUGUUUCCAUCUGGUAAUGUAUGCCAUAUUUUUUUAGUAAAACUUGAAAAAUAAAUGUGCUAAUCCAGUGGCAACUUUUUAUUACCCUUCUGGAAUGA